AUGUUUGUGCCAAACGUUGGUUAUAAGCGAUCUCGGCAGGUUUUCUCAGACGAACAAGAAGCAGAGCGGGAAGAAUACAUUCAGAAAGCUGCUAAGCUCUACUAUGGACAUUCUGCGAAGGAGGUGAGGAGUCUAGCAUUUGAUUAUGGCGUGAACAAUAAUGUCAAGUUUCCCAUUGGUUGGAGCGAUGUAGAACUAGCUUCCACUGACUGGUUUGGAGGAUUCCUCAAACGAAAGAAAACGCUUUCCAUCCGCACACCAGAAGCUACCAGCCUAAGCAGGGCUACAAGUUUCAAUAAGCACAAUGUAGGUAGAUUUUUUACAAAUCUAAGUGAAGUUUAUGUUGGAUACAAAUUUCAAUGUCAAGAAGUGUAUAAUGUGGACGAGGCUGCCGUCACCACGGUACACACGCCUGCCAAAAUUGUAGCAACUAAAGGAAUUAAACAAGUGGGUGCUAUAACGUCUGCUGAAAGAGGAACUCUAGUUACUGUUGCCUUGUCAGUAAAUGCAUCUGGAAACUCAAUCCCGCCUUUCUUUGUGUUUCCAAGAAAGAACUUCAGGGAUUAUUUUCUUCGAAAUGGCCCAGAAGGUAGCGCAGGGUCUGCAAACAAGUCAGGCUUGAUGACAGGGCAAGAUUUUCGCUCGUUCAUGCUUCAUUUCAUUCAUCAUUCCAGGGCUACAAGAGAGAGAUCGGUUCUCCUUCUUUUGGACAACAAUCAAUCGCACCUUGAUAUUUCAGUGUUGCACGUAGCCAAAGAAAACGGGGUUGUCCUUCUCUCUUUUCCGCCACAUACGUCUCAUAAAUUGCAACCUUUAGACAGAGCUGUGUUUGGCCCAUUUAAAAAAUAUAUUAACUCUGCAUCAGAUGCGUGGAUGAAAAACAAUGCUGGAAGUACUAUGACAAUAUAUGACAUUCCAUUUAUAGUUAAACUAUCUUUGCUUAGCGCUGCUACGCCAAGGAACAUCAAGGCUGGAUUUCAAGUGAAUGGAAUAUGGCCAUUUAACAGAGACAUUUUUACAGACGAUGAAUUUUUGCCCUCUGCCGUGACGGACCGCCCAUACAGGGAAGAUGAAACUCUGCUUUCUGUGUCUCUUACGAACUCAGUAGGGGAUGGCGUUCCCAGCACAUCAACAAGUGUGGAAUCAAGUCCGACGCCUUGCACCUCAACAGUUGGUUCUGCAAACUCCAUACACACACACAUGUGCUACCUGAAGAACUGA